AUGAAAAUGAAUGGUGUAACAGAUGAUGCUAUUAGACUAAGCCUUUUCCCCUUCUCAUUACGGGAUAGGGCAAAGGAGUGGUUGAGAGAUGAAGGCGCUGACUCGUUCGAUACGUGGGACAAGCUAGUGAAGGCCUUCUUAGUGAAGUUUUUGGGACACGAGAAGACUUCUAGGUUGAGGAAUGAGCUAUCCACAUUUAGAAAGUCAGAUGACAAGUCUCUCUAUGAGGCUUGGAGAAGGUUUAAGAGGCUACAGAGACAAUGCCCUCAUCAUGGCAUUCCAGAGUGGAUAUUAAUCCAAACCUUCUAUAAUGGCAAGACUCAUGAGUUCCGAAUCUAUAUUGAUAUUGCGUUAGAAGGCUCUCUCUUGACAAAGAACCCCACUGAAGCAAAGGAGCUCAUAGAGAAGGUGGCGGCCAACGACAACUACCAUCCAGGAGGCCGACAUACUUUGAAAAAGGGAGGUAAGCUUGAUGUAGAUGCUUUGACUAUGUUAGCUAGUUCUGUGCAGGCACUAACAAGCAGGUUUGAUAAGUUCCAAGCUGGAAAUUCUACUAGCCCCCAAGAGGUUUGUCAAAUGUGUAAUGUGCAGGGCCAUAUCGCACCAAAUUGCCCGCAGAACUCGAGUGAGAUGUCCAUCGAACAAGCCAAUGCUUUCUACUCCUCAAAUCCCAAAAAUCCUUAUGAUCCCUACUCAAAUUCCUAUAAUGAAGGUUGGAAACACCAUCGAAACUUAUCAUACAAGAACACCCAAGCACAGCAGAAUCCAUCACCACCACCCCAACCCAACAACUACAACCAACCACUACCCGGUUUCCAACAAAGACCAUCCAUGAACCAACAACCAAUGCAACCACAACCCCAAAAAUCUAGCCUUGAAGUGAUGAUCGAGAGCUUUAUUACCACAACCAAUAGUGCUAUCCAACAACAAAGUAGCUCUAUCCAACAACAAGGUAACUCCAUCCAACAGUUGCAAGCCCACCAUAAGCUCAUGGAAAGCCAAAUAAGCCAACUUUCACAACAGGUGUGCAAUGAGGAGUCUAGAAAAGACAAAAAGGGUAAAGAUGUUCAAAGCUCCAAAUAUGUGACUCCACCGGCUUAUGAGGAACCAAUGCCUUUCCCGCAACGGUUGUCAAAAGUCGUGCUCGAUAGACAUUUUGGCAAAUAUUGUGAAGCCCUCAAGAAGGUACACGCUUCUACUCCCUUUUCUGAUCUUUUAGUUCAAAUGCCUCAAUUUGCAAAUUUUGUAAAGAAUUUUAAAGAUCAACAUGAGGAUAAGGAAGUAGAACAUAAGAAGGGCCCUACUCUCUUAUAUGAUAACCUACCACCUAAGCUGCAUGAUCCUGGUAGUUUCACUAUUCCCUGCACGAUAAACGAGAAAUUUUUCGAUAGGGUUUUGUGCGAUUUAGGUGCUAGUGUUAACUUAAUGCCCUAUUCAUUAUAUGAGAGUUUAUGCUUGCAAGGACUUAGACCUUCCCCUAUUUCUCUUCAAUUGGCUGAUAGGACCUCUAGACUCCCUAAGGGUGUGGUUGAAGAUGUAUUAGUCACGGUGGGUGGACUUGUUUUUCCUGUUGAUUUUGUUGUCUUGGAUAUGAAGGAAGAUCGGAUGAUCCCGAUCAUACUUGGUCGACCAUUCCUUGCCACGGGUCAAGCCCUAAUAGAUGUUCCCGAAGGAUAA